GUCUUUUACUGGAUCAGUCUCAAAGUGAAGAUGAAGAGUGUAUCUAGCUUGUUGCUACUCAGUUUGAAUCUUUGUGCUGCUGCUGUGGGUCCACCAGUCCAGGUAGUAUACAUCAGAGUAUAGAGUCAGUCAAUGGAUCUAAUGGCACAAUGGGAUGUACUAGUCUACCACUAUCAGUUACUGAAAGAAAUACAACAUGUGGUAGUCCAGGGAAUGGUGCCAUCAGUUAUCUGAUUGAUGGUGUCUCUCCUGAUAUUGACACAAGUACCUCUGACUGGGCAUCUCAGCUAGUGACAGUGAGGAGGAGUGAGGGAACU